GAGGGAGAGAGAGGGAGAGAGAGAGAGAGAGAGAGAGAGGUGAAGGGUGCACAUGAAUGUGGGAAAGUGAGACAGGGAAUGACAGAAACAAGGCAGGAGGGAAGGGAAGGGGUGGCCCUCUGAAUUUGGAAGAUUAGGACUCUUUGAUUAUCUCUUUCUCCAGGCAGCAAAAGGUGUCAUGAAAUCUUGCCGUCCUUCACAUGUCCUUGUUCCCUGCCGCAGUGGCACCAUCACCAUGGCCGAGUCUGAACCAGCGUCCCCACAGUCCUGCGCUCCAGGGGCGGACACGGUCUUCUCUGACCAACUGGGCUUCUACUCACUGGACUCUCAUGUCCCUGGCCUGUCCAAGGUCAUUUUGGAAAAGCUCAACAUGAAGGAUUAUGGAGAAUACAGGGAUGCCGUAGAGGGGAAGACCAAGGGUGCAACCUUUCGUACUCUUAAGGAGAUGUUUGAGAAGAUGGAGGACACCUUUAAAUUCUGUGCAGCCUGCAACAAACUCCCCUCUCACCUGCCAGACCCAAAGGCCCUUAAACGCUGCAUAAAGUGCCUUAAUCUGUAUUACUGCUGUAAAGAAUGUCAGAAGAAGGACUGGCCUCUUCAUAAGAAGUUCUGCAAGAAGUUACGUCUAGUGGCAAUUGACAGACUGGUAGAAUGGCUAUUUUCAACAGGUGAACUCCCGUUCCCCACAGACACAUGGACCCGUCCUGCUGCAAAGGUCAACAGCUGGGAAGACUGGCUCUCCAUGACGGGGGAUCUGGCCUCUCGAGUGGACCCCAUCCUGUCUGGAAAGUACAUGACCGUGCUUUGGAAAAGCGUCAACAGACCACGUCCAGAGGAGGCCGAUCUGAGAGAGUCGGUGUGGCGUUUGUGUAGCGAGUUCCUCCAUCGGCCAUUGACCAUCGGUAUGGCCAUCAAGUUCUUCAACCUGGACCCCUACUCCCAAUCCCUCACCAUUCAUGUGGCGGGGGCUGCCCACAGUGAGACCCUGCAGGCCCGAGUCACUGACAUGGACGAGCUGAGCCACAUGUUCCCUGGACACCAGGGCAUGGAGGUGGUGAUGGUGGGGCCGGAGGUGGUGGAGGGGAAGGCCAUGCGGCCCCCACUCAGUGGGUUUGGGCCCACAGGGAGGACCUACAUCAGCGGCUACAAGGGCCUCUACCACCAGUUCUGGGAAGACGUGGUGGAGAAGGAAGAAGCGGCAAAGCCAGACUUAGUUGUGGGAUUCCACCCAGGAUUCCAUGCAUCCCAUGGUUUAGGAGAGGGCUGGCUGCCAACAUUACUGCUGCUCCGAGACUUCAACAUCCCGUCGAUGUUUACCGUGUUUAACGAGGCAGAGUAUGAAGAGUCCCUUCAGAUCCUGCUGGAGUUGGAAAUGGACUUAAAAGCAACUGGGGUGAACCCCUUCAGAUCCCAGAAGCCGGAGCAGGUGCAGGCCAGCCCCAACAACCCUUUAGUCUACUGCAGUUCCCAUUACAUCUGCUUCCAGGGGCUGCUGGAGAGAGAGGAGGAGGAGGAGGGCGAGGCAGAGCAGGCCUAAAGACUCUUUUCAGCUUCCGAGACGUGCUUGUGAUGCUGUGCGACUGAUGCGACUGCCUAAAUUCAUGGGCCUAUUCUCUCUCUCACUCCCUCCCUCCUACCCCAUCUCCCUGUCUCUCUGUUAGUGUGUUUCAUGGAUGUACAAACUAGCGCUCAGCGUUUUAUAUAACUUUGAGGUAUUUUGUGUUUGCAUUAUUUUUUACCUACACGUCUGGAUUCCAUGUCGCCCUUGACUUUUUAUUUGGUUCAAACAAGUCAAUGUACGCAUUUGAAAUAUUCAUACCAUAAGCUUAAAAUGCAAACAGCAACCAAUUAAACAUUCAAAUGAA